AGGCUUUGCAGGAUACGGAGCUACGGGAAAAACAGUUUUUCGUGAAAGUGAACAGACGACUCAAAAAUGCCUCUCCUAGCUCGGGGCUGGCUGUUAGUUUUGGUUAUUUCAAUGUUUUACUCAAAUCGGAGGAACGCCGUCUACGGAGGAAUAAAUGAUUGUUACUCUCUCAUCACUGCAAAUUCAAAGUUCUCAGCUUCUUCGAGUCUCGUCCUUGGUGGUCCAGGGUUCGCAAAGAUUAAUGGGAACGAAACGUGGUGUGCAGCCAUCCCAAACAAUAUGCAAUAUCUCACAGUCGACUUAGGUUAUAGUUUCUUGUUUGAUCGUGUCGUCAUGCAGGGGAAGCCAAACUCGAACAGAUCUGUAUCAGAAUAUAAGUUAAGCUACAGUGCCGACAAUAGAGUUUACACCCCAAUUGCUAACCAGUAUUUUUUUGGAAAUUUGUACAAUGGUAAUUUACUGCGUCCGACUGAACUCAUCGCACCUCAGACUGGCCGAUAUGUGAGGUUUGCUCCAUUAGAACCUAAAGGAGUGAAUCAAAACUACUUCUGUAUGAGAGUGGAUGUGCAAAGUUGUCAUAACGACAAGCCAGAUCCUAUCAAUGGAGGAUGGACCGAGUGGACGGCUUGGAGUCAAUGCGAUCCUUGUGGUGGUAAUCUCAGGUCUCGCACAAGGACGUGCACCAAUCCUGUGCCUGUGUUUGGUGGUCAGGAUUGGGUUGGGGCUAAUACCAUUACUCAGCUCUGUACUAACAAUUGUGCCGUUGAUGGUCAGUGGUCUAACUGGGGUCCAUGGGCUUCCUGCUCCAAAACAUGUGGUCCAGGAACAACGUGGAGGGCACGUGAUUGUACUAACCCACCUCCAUCCAAUGGUGGGGCAUUUUGUAAAGGUCAAGCUAUGCAACUUGGCUCUUGCAACGACGGUGCAUGUCCAGUUCCUACAACAACCCCACCACCGACAACUCAAUCAGAAACUACGACAGCUCUCCCAACAACUCAGCCAGCCACUACCACAGAGGCUACCACUACCACUGCAGCCACGACAACAGAAGCGACUACGACUGCAGCCACUACUGCGGAAGCUACCACUACCGCGGCUACCACAACCGAGGCUCCUACUACGGCAGCUACAACAACUGAGGCUCCAACUACUAAAGAAACUACCACUGAGGCUGCUACCACUACUGCAGUCACCACAACAGAGGCUGCUACCACAACGGAGGCUGCUACCACAACGGAGGCUGCUACCACAACGGAGGCUGCUACCACAACUGAGGCUGUUACCACAACUGAGGCUGCUACCCCAACUGAGGCUACGACCACAGAAGCUACUACCACAGAAGCAACUACCACAACUGAAGCUACCACCACAGAGGCCCCUACGACCACGGCUGCUCCUACCACCGCUACCCCAACAGGAAUACCUGGCCUCUCGGAUAUCGAUAUAACAUUUGCCUUGAGCGCGACAUCAGCCAACUCCAACGCCACUUACGCAUUCAUGCAGAACACACUGAAAACAUUCAUUGACAAGUAUGGUGUCAACCAAAUCCAAUACAGCAUCAUCGUUUACGGUGACCGCGUCGAGCGUGUGGUGACCUUCAACAGCUCCUCUCCCCCAACCGCCAAUCAACUGAAAUCAGCCAUCGACGCGCAGCCAGCGUUAGUGGGAGGCCCUGUCCUAGAAGAUGCAUUGAAGGAAACUUUUAAAAUCUUCAACGAGUCACAUGGACGACCUGCCGCCAAAAAGGCUCUUGUAGUUAUCACAGAUUAUAACUCGGGAACGGAUAAGAAAAAGCUUUCAAAUGCUGUGAAAACGGUAGAAGAACAAGGAGUUUUAGUUAUUUCUGUGGCAGUUGGAGGCGUCGUGGAUACAAAAGAGUUAGAGGUCAUCUCGCCCAAUCCCCUUGAUGUUAUAUCGACAAAUGUAAAUGAAAUUCCAGAGAGAGUGGGUGACCGCGUCAUUGACAGGAUAUUGAGACGUAUUAUCCCGGACAUUGAUGUGGGUUUUGCCGUUAGAGACGAAGAGGUAGAAUCUGUGGGUCUCUUCACGUUGAUGCAAGACACUAUUAAUACCAUUAAUCAUCGGUAUGGAACAGAAAGAGUCAGAUACACGGUCAUUUUAUACGGCAACAUUAAUACUACGGUUGUGGACUUCUCCAACCGGAAUAUCGAUCGUAACGAGCUUAUAUCGAUUGUGACGAGCUUAGGCAGAAUUCCUGGAGCUAUUGAUCUUCAAGCGAAGUUAACAGCUGCAGAAGCUCUAUUCCGAUCUUUACCGAGUAGACCAGGCAGUAAGAAAGUAUUCAUUGUACUCACAGAUGUGACUGCGGGUGGAAAUGAAAGUGCAAUUACUUCAGCUGGUGCUUCACUGGUAAGGGAAGGAAUCCUCGUCUUCUCAGUAAAUCGUAGUGAAGACGGAACUAACGUAGUGACAGUAACACAGAUUGACUACCUUAAUAUUCCAACCUUUACUACGGAUCGGUCAGUUGUCAUUGCAGAGACCAUCAUAAGGAAGGCAUCGUCAGCGAACAUCCCACUGAUCGAUCUGACCUUCGCGCUCAGCGCGACCUCGGCUUUGUCUGACUUUACCAUCGUCCUAAUGCGAAAUGCAGUCACUCAGAUCAUAGACCAAUACGGAAUUGACAGAAUCCACUACAGCGUGAUCAUCUUCGGCUCUAUCGUCACGACACGAGUGACCUUCGACGAUAAAUUUCCAGAGAAGAAUAGUUUAAAUAGGAUUGUGGGUAGAUCUCAAAAAGUUGACGGCGAUCCUAACCUAUCAGCAGCUCUGGAAGAGGCAAAGCCACUUUACGAACUACAAUCGGUCAGGUCAAAUGCCAGAAAAGUUCUCGUCGUCAUUCUGGAUGCCCCAUCAGCCAGUAAUGCUACGGCAGUGCAGAAAGCUGUCACCGAACUUGAUAAGAAAGACGUUCUCGUAAUUGGGGUUGGAAUCGGAAGUUCGGCGAACGAAAACGAUUUGAUCGGAAUUACGAAGGACGAUCGACACCUGAUCAAUGCAACUGUAAACAAGCCCUAUCAAGAAGUAGCCAGAGAAAUUAUCGAGGCCAUAUUUUAUGGCAUUAAUACUGCCGGAUUUGGUCAAUGGGGAGAUUGGAGCGCAUGCUCAAAGUCAUGUCGUUCUGGUGGUGUUGCUGGCACUCAACAGCGCAGGCGCAUUUGUGAAAUCCCCAGACGAGGAUGUGUCGGUCCUACAGUACAAUCGAGGGAAUGUAACACUCAAAACUGUGAAGAUUGCAGAGAAAUAGGCCCAUUGGAGGAUGGAUCUUAUGGAGCUUCGAGUUCUGUGCAGCUACCACGGUUCGCCAAACUAAACACGACUAAUCCUGGUGUUAACAAGCAAGGCUGGUGUCCCACUGCAGAUGACAGUGCCCCGUAUCUCCAGAUUAAUUUAGCUGACAGUUACUUUAUCAAUGGUCUUGCCACAAAAGGGCAAGAUUUUACUGGAUCUGAACGCUGGGUAACAAGUUACUAUAUCACAUACAGCGGCGAUGGACUCUCUUUCACCGAUUAUACUGAAGGAGGACAGAGGAAGAAUUUCACUGGCAACACAGAACCAACGAGUAUUGUGCUUCACGAGAUCAAUAUAACGACACCAGCCAGAGUAAUCCGAUUCCAUCCUUUGGACUUUGUUGAGCAGGCCUGCAUGCGAGCCUCAGUGUUUGGGUGCCUUGCACCAGUUGUAGUUGUUCCCCCUCCUGGACAACUCGGUGACCCAAGCGCGCAAACUGGAAUAUUGAUUGCGUUAUGGAUCUUGGCUGGAAUUCUGUCAUUCCUUCUCCUGAUGGCCUGUUGUUAUUAUUGUUGCUGGCAUGUCUGUUGCGGAAGGGGUAAAAAGAGGCGCGGUCUGACAGCCUUCAGGCACACUUGGAUGGACGACACAGAUGGAUACCUUAUCGAAAAUUUAGAGAAGAGAUGGAGGCUUCCGUCAGCGGAUAUAAUGACUGCAGCGAAAUCUGUUCCUCAAGAUGAAAUUCAAGAGGUUAUCGUGGACAUGCAGGACGAAAAUUUUAAGCCAUCAGGAGUAAUACAGUUCGGUAUUGAGGCUGAAGUAAGCAAAGAAGCUCCCGUUACUGCUGACACCGUACACUCGGAGACACCAACGUACUCGGAAGAUGCCGUCGAUGAUGUGAAAAGUGGUGCGAGUAUGAUAAGUUUGAGUUCGGACACUGCCCGGUACGCGUCCAUUGCCAGACAAAAGCGAAUUAAAAGUGACAGUUCUGCUGCUGAGCCGGUUCUAAGGGCAGCUUCCUUGGAACGUAACAGCCAAAAAGGGCAGAGACGAGGUUCUGGUGUCACGAAUGAGGGAUUUACUAGAUCCAAGGACUGGUUACUUGACGACUCGCCCCAAGCUCGCCCUCUGACACCAGAAAUGAGGCGUACCGUAAGUGCAGACGAACUCGCCGUGGUUGACUACGAUAUGUUCGCACCACCAAGUGGUCAACCUGCUUUCAGAAGCGAGCUGGGUCGGGAUGGCUACAUGAGAAUGAAGCAAACUAACCCGGAUUCUACAUACGAAGCACUUCCACUCGGAAAUGCCGACGUUACCACGGGAGCCGAGCAAGUGAGGGAGGCAGUUCUUAUGGAAAACGAAGACCCGUUAUACGCUGAAAUACGUUUCAAUGAUGAGGGAGAAAUGGUGGAGAUCAAGUGAGGCUGUGGACCUAACGAAGCCUACAGCUAACCGUCACAAAGGAGGACCAUAAUUUGAUAAAGUUGGAGAAAUCGUGAAAUUAUCCAAGAUUGUUCCAUAACUUUCGAGUUUCAGAGAGAUGUCCAGCUUUCAUUUUUGUUUAUAGUGUCUUUUUUCAAAAAGCACCACAAGUGUUUGAGACAAAGUACUUCGUGCAAUCGUAGGGAAUAUUUAGUUCUAUUUUGAAUGGCAUUUACCAUGGAGAUGUUAUGUGUUAAAGGAGAUGUUUUGAGUUAAAAAAAAAGCAGUUUUAGGUCACAUAAGUCGUCAACUCGAGUUCGAUGGCCAAAGGGUCUUCGAACAGUUUGACCAGCGAGCUACCAGAAGCAAGCGGAUAUUUUUUAUUCACAUAUCGUAAAUGUAGUAAUAUAAUAACAAAAAUUUAACGCUUACUGCUACUUUGAUCUGUUUGAUCUGUGGGUAGAUAGUUAUUGCUUCACAAUGACUAGGAUCGUGUGGCAUUCAAAUUAUUAUUUAUCGAGUAUAAUUUCCAUUUUUUCAGUCGAUACUUCGUAAAAUUUCAAAAGCAGCUUUGUUACAUUCUAAUGACUUUAUUUGUAAUAUUAUCUAAAUAUGCAAAAAAAGGUUAAACAUUAUUUGGGUAUCGUUUUUACUCAUGACUCAAUAAAUUAAGGGUUAAAGUUAAAAGAACCACUAAUGUAGUUUAUGCUUAUUGUUCAUUUCCACGAUUUGGAAAAGAAUAACUCUUCCAGUUUUUAAAGGGGCUGCCGUUUUAAUUAUUGAUAUGAGGUCAUAUGUAUAGAUAUGGGUGGAAUUCGAAGGACUGAGGUUUGAGUCCCUCGUAAUAAUAAUAAUAAUAAUAAUAACAAUAACAGUAAGGCUUUUAUGAGCGCAUUUAGGCGCUUACAUAGCAUAAUAAAAAUAGAACGUAAGAAUGAUACUAACAGUCAAUAGUACCUACACUAACAAAAAUAAAGUUAAAUGGGAUAAAAACCUAUGUAGUGUUUCACAAUACUAAGAAUAAAAUUUCCGGAAUAGGAAUGUUUUAAGGGCAGAUUUAAAGGACGAAAGAGAAGCUGCAGAUUUAAGAGAAUCAGGAAGAGAAUUCCAUAAUGUAGGUGCACAGAAGGAGAACGUACGUUCACUGUAUGUCACAGAAUUCAUAGUGGGGACAGUAAGAAGUGAUUUGGAAGAUGAACGUAGAAUACGUGGUGGAUGAUAUUCUUGUAGCAGGGACGACAAAUAGUCCGGAGAAAGUCCAUGGAGAAUCUUAAAAGUAAUAAGAAUAACUUUAUAGAUUAUACGUGUUUAAACUGGCAGCCAGUGUAGUUUUUGAAGAGCAGGUUUGAUGUGAUCAUAUUGUUUAGAUCCGGUAAUAAGAAGUGCUGCAGUGUUUUGAACUCUCUCGGUGGAGUUUGUCGAGUUCCCAGUAUCCUCUAAACCAUAGAGGAUACUGUUACAGUAGUCCAGUCGUGAUAUUACGAGAGCAUUGACUAAUAGUUUAAGGUUUUCAUUAGUGAGGUAUUUACGAAUGCGCCCUAUGGACCUGAUGGCAUUAGUUGCUUUCCUGCAUGUCUUAUUAAUGUGGUAUGUCAGUGUUAGAUUUUUAUCUAAAAUAACAUCAAGAUCACGGACUUUCUCAGUUAGUUCAAUGACGCUACUAUCAAAAAAGAGCUUCUCACUGUUAGGUGUCUUGGUAAAUCGGAAGGUGAAUAAAAUAAAUUCAGUCUUUUCUUAGCAUAUAUUUUGGGUAUUCCAUCGCAUUACGUCCUCAAUGCAGGUUUGGAGGGCAGCCAAGGACGGGGCCUGAUUUACGGGAUCGAUAGUAAAAUAUAAUUGAGUGUCAUCGGCGUAAAAUAGAGUCGAGAUUGUGGCGAGCAUUGACAUCCUGCAGAAGGGCGAUAUACAGGGUGAAAAGUAGGGGUCCAAGUAUGGAACCUUGUGGGACACAAUAACGAAGAGCGCGAGGAGUGGACGCUUGAUCUCUAAUAAUUAUUGAUUGACGACGGUUUUCGAGGUAUCAUCUAAACCAGUUCAGCGUCAGUUAGAGAUAAGUAAAGAGAUAAUAAAGUUUAUUCAAACCUUU